UGGCUGCCGGCGGGGGGUCGGCGGCCACCCCGGCCACCCCCUUGCCCCCCGAGCUGCUCCUGCACCCGGGACACAGCUUUCUGUGUGGACUCCAAGGCUGUGCCCAGGAACUUGCCCCCCGAGGUCAUCUCGCUGACGAUGGUGAACGCGGCCUUCACGGAGAUCCGAGAGGCAGCCUUCGCCCACAUCCCCUCGCUGCAGUUCCUCCUGCUGAACUCCAACAAGCUCACGUUGAUCGGGGACAAUGCCUUCGCCGGCCUCUCGCAUCUCCAGUACCUGUUCAUUGAGAACAACGACAUCCAGGCACUCUCGAAGGCCACUUUCCGUGGGCUCAAGUCCCUGACCCACCUGUCCUUGGCCAACAACAACCUGCAGACGCUGCCCCGGGACCUCUUCAAGCCACUGGACAUCUUGAGCGACCUGGACCUCCGGGGCAAUACGCUGGCCUGCGACUGCAAGAUCAAGUGGCUGGUGGAGUGGCUGGAGAGCACCAACACCACGGUCCCCGCCGUCUUCUGCAGCAGCCCCGCGCAGUUCGAAGGUCAGCGGAUCCGGGACCUGGCGCUCGGUGACUUCCAGUGCAUCACCACGGACUUUGUGGUGCACCAGGUCCUGCCCUUCCAGUCGGUGUCGGCUGAGCCCUUCACCUACGCCAGCGACCUGUACAUCGCCCUGGCACAGCCCGGUGCCAGCAGCUGUGCCAUCCUCAAGUGGGACUACGUGGAGCGCAAGCUGCGUGACUUCGACCGCAUCCCCGCUCACUCCGCGGUGCACUGCAAGCCCAUCGUGGCGCAGAACCAGCUGUACGUGGUGGUGGCCCAGCUCUUCGGUGGCUCCUACAUCUACCGCUGGGACACCGCCGUGGACAAGUUCAUCAAGAUCCAGGACAUCGACAGCCAGAAGACCCGCAAGCCCAACGACAUCGAGGCCUUCCAGAUCGACGGCGACUGGUACUUCGUCAUCGCCGACAGCUCCAAGGCGGGCUCCACCAGCCUCUACCGCCUCAACCAGAACGGCUUCUACUCCCACCAAGCCCUCCACGCCUGGCACCGCGACACCGACGUGGAAUACGUGGAGAACGACGGCAAACCCCGGCUGAUCAUCUCCAGCAGCUCCCAAGCCCCCGUCAUCUACCAGUGGAGCCGGGCGCAGAAGCAAUUCACGCCCCAAGGGGAGGUGGGGGAGAUGCUGGACGUGCAGAUGGUGAAGUACUUCAGGGUGAAGCGGGACCAAUUCCUCUGCCUCAGCCGCUACAUUGGCGACUCCAAGGUGGUGCGAUGGGAAGGGCAGCGCUUCGUUGAGCUCCAGACGCUGCCGUCCCGCGGCUCCAUGGUGAUGCAGCCCUUCUCGGUGGAGCAACGGCAGUACCUGGCCCUGGGCAGUGACUUUUCCUUCACCCACGUCUACCUGUGGGAAGAGGAGAAGCAGAAAUUCGUCAAGUUUCAGGAGCUGUCGGUGCAGGCGCCGCGGGCUUUCCGCUACGUGCCGGCUGCCGACGUGCAGCUUCUCCUGGCUCCCAGCUUCAAGGCCAACACGCUGGUCUACCGGCACGUGGUGGUGGACCUCAGCCUCUAG